AUGUUAGAUAUGGCAAGGCAGUACAGCACCGACUUCCCAGUAGCAGAGAGCACCUUGGUCCCUGACAGCUCCAAGGAGGUCGUCUUACUCACAGGUUCAACGGGUGCUUUCGGCAGCUAUAUUCUAGAUGCGCUUCUCCAUUCAGAUGACGUCGUCAAAAUCUAUGCAAUUAACCACGCAAACGUCCUUACAAGCCCGAAAGUCAUAUUUUUGGAUUGUGAUCUGUCUGCGAACCUGUUUGGUUUGGAUUAUUGGGUCUACCACGAGCCCACUGAGGAUGUGACGUCCGUUAUCCACAAUGCCUGGCGUGUAGAUUCUAAUAUUUCACUUGCAUCUUUGGAGCCUCUCAUCCGUGGUACUCGACGUCUGAUCGAUUUUUCUCUAACUUGUCGCAUGGCGCCGCGCUUUGUCUUCACGAGCUCAGCUGGUAUAUUCAGGAAUACGCAAGGCUCUUCCUAUGCUGCAGCUGAAGCAUUUCUUGCUGAUCCUGCUAUUUCUGCUGGCUGGGGCUACGGCGAGUCCAAGUGGGUGGCGGAAUACAUUCUGGAAGAGGUGGCCAAAAGCACGACGCUAAAGCCUGUAGUGGUGCGCACGGGACAGCUCACAGGAGGCACUAAUGGCGCAUGGAAUGUGAAGGAGUGGUUCCCAUUGCUGGUCAAGUCAAGCGAGGACGUGAAAUAUCUUCCCGACAUUCCAGAUUGUGUGUCGUGGAUUCCUAUUGACAUAGCCGCCAAAGCCCUUGUAGAAUUUCGCUUCAGCAAAUGCCGUUACAUCCAUCUUUUGCAUCCUAGACAUGUGGCAGCCUCAGUUAUUCUCCAACGUGUCGCUUCCACGUUGAGUAUUCCCCUCGUACCUUACUCUCAGUGGAUUGAUGCUAUCUCGCAAACCGCUCUGGAGGAAGGGUCCGAUCAUGCUGUUACCAAGACUCCAGUCCUUUGGCUCUUAGAGUUUUUCCAUUCCCAGGGUGCUACAAGCAACAGGGAAGCCUUCGGUUUCCCGAGUCUACAGACAACGAACCUGGAACAAUCCGUGACUUUAGGGAACCUGUAUCAGCUAGGGGUAGGGGAUGUUGACAAAUGGUUGAGUUACUGGUGAGGCGCCGGUUUUAUCGUUUGAACGAGACGAAUCGGGUCUGGUACUUCCUUCCUUUAACUUAGGCAGUAAAGAUUCGAAGGUAUGCAUGUAAUAACAAUACGCAGGUGAAAAUAUGACAGCUGAAGAUUUACAUGUUGGUACGGAUAUAAAGCGCCUUGUCGGGCUACUGUCGAUCCGCUUUACUGCAAGUCCGGUGACAGGGCGUCGUACUCUGGACACAGCGUCAGC